AUGGACGAGAUCAGCUCUAUGAAGGAAAAGAUUACCAACAUAUUUGAAACCAACGGCAAAGUGUUACAAGUUCUUCAAAAAUGUGAAGCCAUUAACAAUUCUGAUGAAGCACAUGGACGUCGGAUACAUGACUUAAAGGAUUCCCUCCAACGACUGAGGAAACGUACUCAGGAAAGACACAAUAAGUUUCAGGAAUUAGAAGAGAUGACCCGUGAUCUUGGACUUAAGCUAGAACGUGCAGCUACAAUAAUGAGGACAUACAAAGACGUUGUAAACCGAGAUCGCCGUCAAUCGGAGGAUCUAGAUAUUAAAGUGGAUGGAAGGGAGUCAGACCUGCAGCCUAUUGUUGGAAGUUCUAAUAGUCCUCUCCGACGGGACAAAAACAUGACAAAGUCUGUCAACGUUACUCCCAAGUAUAAAGAACAAAUGACAUUAUCAGAGCCUUACAUAAGUCAUAAGAGUAUAGACGAGCACAGGCGUAAACAGAUGGUAACAUUUACCGACGAUUCCGAUAAACACUUUGCAGAUCGUCAGCAGUCUUCCCAGAUCUGGAAAGAUGGAUUGUUUAGUAGCAAUGAAAACGUGGAGGACAGUACCAGUCAUGUAUUGCAGUCCGCAGCGGAAAUACCCGUAAAUAACUCCGAUUUGAAACAAAAAUUGACGAAAAAUGCAGACGAUUAUUAUGAAAAUAAAUCUGAGAUGAGCAAACGUAGGAAUAAACAAAAAGCAAAUGUCAAUAAAAAUGAAAACUGCGCCGUAGGUAAUGACGUAGAGGUCGUCCCUAGUAAUAUCACCGAUGGCACGAAAGAUGAAGAUAUGAUGAAACAAGAAGUAAGUCUCCAUGGUCUAGCAAAGAGUCCAGGAACAGCCAUUUCCAGGAGUUUAACUAGGCCUGCGUUGAAGGAAAAAUAUGAACAUGCAAUCGAACAACCAGACCAUAUGCAACAAAAAGAACAACAACCAAUGGACACGAUGCUGCAAGACAAAAUAGAUGUGACGACUGCUAUCAAGGAGAUGGCUGACAGAGCUAAAACAGAAUUACUAAAAGGAGAAGAAGAGAAGCUGCCAAGAGGAGAUGGUCCCGACACAGUUUUGUGUUUAGACACUUCCGGUAGUAUGAAAGGCGUGGCAUUCCGUGAAAUGAUUUCACUAGCAACCAAGUUUGUUGAUGGCAUUCAACGAGUAUCUCAACAGACAGACAUAAAGGAGAACAUUGCGGUGUCAACGUUCGGAAAGAAACCUGGGGUACCUAUUCACCUGACCAACCAAUAUAAUAAAGUGACGGAAGUUUUGAGGACACUUAAGCCGGAGGGGCAAAGUCCUAUGCUCGAGGGAAUAUACAUGGCACUAGCAGCAAGCAAAGGAAAUACUGCAGGUAGACAAAACCCCACGGGUAUAAAUGGAAUCAUUUUUGGUGCGAGGAUCAUAUUAAUAUCGGAUGGUAAAGUGACACCCGACCAAUGGCGUCUCAACGAAGACAUGAUCGACCUAGAUGAUAUAGAGGCAACAGACUUGGUUAAUUCCAAUAUGAUAGCCGCGAUCAAUUUACUUCGGUCUUACGGGAAUACCCUUUAUUUAGUUCCGGUUGGAGAUUACACGGAAGGACCACUGCAACGAAUCGCAAGUCUAUCUGGUGGAGAAGUCAUCAAGAAUCGCGAACUUGAUAGACUGAUACAACACGCACAAUUUCAUACGAUACACGACUCACGAAUAGGUCGGGAGAAUAAAAAGCAUACUUCAGAAGACGACAUAAACUACCUUUUACAUGUGACAGGAGUCAACUUUAACUUUCAUGAUGACUGCAAGGCUCACCACACAGAUAAAUACAGCCUUACUGAGCAACAAUCUGGCAAGGACCAGUUCCUGGUCCUUCGAAGAGGUCAGCCAUUCCAGAUAACCUUGAACUUUGAUCAGCCUUACGACCAGCAACAACAUGAACUGGAGCUAAUAUUUGAAACAGGUACAUAUCCUGUGGCAACAAAGGGAACGAGAGUGGAAAUGUUCUUGUCAGCUGCUGAUCAACACUGCGAGUGGAGAGCCAGGCUUCUGGAACAAAAGGACCUGGCCUUGACAUUGGAGGUCAUAACUCCGCCUUCCUGUAUCAUUGGCCGAUGGCAUUUCAAAAUAAAGACAUUUAAAAAGACGAAUAUGCGGCCAUCAAAUAAGAUUUACAGCCACCCUCAACCUGUAUACAUCCUGUUUAAUCCUUGGUGUAAAGAGGACCAGGUCUAUCUACACAACGAUGGACUACUGGAAGAAUAUGUACUAGGCGAUACUGGCAGGAUUUUUAAGGGAAACGCAAAAGAUAUUUAUGGCAAACCAUGGAAUUUUGCUCAGUUUGAUGACCCAGUGUUGGACUGUGUCCUUGACCUUCUGAACAAUUUUCCAGCUUCCAACAGAGGUGAUCCUAUCAAGAUCGUACGCAAGCUAACUGCUUUGGUUAACACUUCAAAUGAGAACAGAAUCCUGAUAGGUAAUUGGUCAGGUAAUUAUGAGGGUGGCAAGAAACCUACGGCCUGGACUGGAAGUCAAUCCAUCUUGGAAGAGUACCACAAGACCAAGCUACCAGUCAAGUUUGGCCAGUGCUGGGUUUUCUCAGGAAUUUUGACUACAUGUUGCAGAACACUAGGAAUACCUACCAGAAGCGUCACUAAUUUUGCCUCAGCCCACGACACAGACAUAUCCGUCUCAAUAGACUACCAUUUUGAUGAGGAUGGGAACUUUUUGGAUUACAUGAACACAGACUCAGUAUGGAAUUUCCAUGUGCGGAAUGAUGUGUGGAUGGCACGUCCUGACCUUAAAGAUCAGGAAUACGGAGGCUGGCAAGCUUGUGACUCUACUCCCAAGGAGACUAGUGAUGGUCCGUACAGCUGCGGGCCCUGUCCGCUCCUGCAGAUUGCCCCGCUUGUGGAGAAAGUGGCUAGGCUCGAGGCUGAAAAUGAUGAGCUUCGCCAUCAGCUAGACGACCUGGAGCAGUACGGGAGGAGAACUCUUGUUCUUUUCUCCGGUUUUCCAGAACAGACGGGAGAGGAUACUUCCGCAAUCAUCCUGAAGGCAGCUGAAGAUUGUGGCGUCGACCUACCCCCACAGGCUCUGGAGCGUUCACAUCGAGUCGGCAAACCGGACCAGAACAGGGGGAAACCACGCCAAAUCAUCGCGCGACUAAAUUCCGUGGACGCCAAGUUUGCUCUACUCAAGUCAAGUCGCGGGUUUCGCUCCAAAGAUACAUUCAAGGGCAUCUCUGUGAACGAGGACCUUACUAGAUAUCGCGGUCGAUUAGCAUGUCUCGCGAGGAACCUAUUAAAGGCCGACCUGAUACUGCAGACAUGGACAACAAAUGGUAAGAUUAUGAUUAAAGACAAAUCGUCCAAAAUCAUUCAAAUCCGGCGGGAAUCAGAACUUGAACCCUUCGGUCACCAAAUGUGA